AUGAAAAUAUAUUAUGUUAAUAGCUGCUACUUUCCUUUAUUAAGCUAUAAACCAAAUAUAAUUUAUUAUUAUAUUUUCUUAAGACAAAUCAAUAGAUAUGAUAAGAAUAAAUUAUCUUCUGAUGAAGUAUACGACAUCAUUAUAGUUGGUGGUGGCUUAUUUAGUUGCUGUUUAUAUUAUUUUUUAAAAAGAAAAAAUCCUUUACUUAAAAUAUUAAUAAUCGAAAAGGAAAAAAUAUUAGGAGGAUAUAUUAAAACGUAUAAAAAUAAUGAAAAUUUUCUGUUCGAAUUAGGGCCAAAUAUGUUUAAACUAAAUAAUGAUAGUUAUAAUUUAAUUAGGGAAUUGCAAUUACUUCGCGAUGUGAGAAUAUUAGAUAAAAGACUAAUAAGAUAUAUAUAUUACAACAAUAAAUUAUAUCCAUUACAUUUUAAUAUCAUUGGUUACUUUCUUUUUCCUCUCAUAAAAAUUUCAAAUAAAGUUAAAUUAAUUUUUAAAUUGUUUUUUAAAAAAUACAAAAAUGUAAAUUUAUAUAAUGAUGAUAUUUCGGUAAAACUUUAUAUGAAAGAGAAUUUUGAUUCACAGCAUUAUAAAUUUUUACUUUUACCUCUUAUUUAUGGUUCUUGUGGUGGUAAUGGUAAUAUAUCAGCUAUUUCCUUUUUUUCUAGAAAUUUAAAAAUUUGUAAAAAUAAUAUAAAUAACCUAUGUAUUUGGAGUGAAAAAAAAAUAGAAAAAAAGGAGAAUAAAUUAAAUAUAAGAAAAGUUGGUAAUACUUUUCAUAAUUUCUGUUAUAAAAUAAAUAAAAAAGAAAAAAUAUUUCAGUAUAUGAAUAUAUUAAAUAAAUAUAAUCUCUCAAAUUAUAAUGAAAAAAUGAAAUUAAAUGAUCAUAAUAAAAGGAAUGCAUUUCACACAAAUAAGAAAAAAAAUCUAAAUUUAAUUAAAGAAAUAUUUAUUUUAAUAAAAAAUACAUAUAACAAAUUUCUUUUUUUAUGCGAAAAGUUAGUGAAGAAAAAUAGACAAGAAAAAGAAAAGAAAAAAAAAAAGCAAAUUAUUGGAAAAAUAGUGUCAUUAAAAAAUGGCUUAUAUGAAUUGAUAAGUAAAUUAAAUAAUUAUAUAAAUGAAGAAUAUGUGUAUAUAAAUUGUGAGGUAGAUUUUAUUAAAAGAACAGAUGAAAAUUUAUGGAUGUGUAGUAUAAAAAAAAAAAAAAAAAAUUAUAAAAUAUAUAGUAAAAAUGUUGUUUUAACUGUAAAUUCGAAAAUAUGCUCUAAUAUAAUGAGAUAUAUCCUUCCUUUUGAUAUAAAAAGUAUUCUUUUAAAAUUUUCGUACUCAAAUAUAAUAAGUGUAACAUUAUACUACAAUAAAGAAGAUGUAAAAAUACCAACUAAUUUUUUUGGUUUUUUAUCAUCUGAUAAAAUGGCACAUAUACUAGGUUGUUUUUACAUUAAUAAUAUGUUUAAAGAAAGAUGUAAUAAUGAUAAUAUAGUAUUAUUAACCUUAUAUAUGGGUGGGCAAAACAAUCCUAAUGAUAUUUUCUUAAAAAAAGAAGAAAUAGAGAAUAUUAUCUCAAGAGAUUUAAAAAAAAUAUUUCAAAUAACAAAUAAUAUAAAACCAGUUAUUUUAAAAAUAAAGAAAUGGUAUAAUGCUAUACCUUUUUAUUCACACAAUUAUGAAAAAGAGUUAAGAUAUUUUUUAAAUGAAUUAAAAAAACCAGCAUAUCAAAAUUUGUAUAUUGAUUCCGGAUGGAUAACAGGAACAUCCAUAUCAGAUAGAAUUACAUCUGCAAAGGAUUUAUCCGAAUUUAUGCAAUCAUAA